AGCCCACAAUCUCUUUGUUGUAUGUUCAACAAAUGCUGAAAACCCUAACUUAGUUUGCUCCCUACAAUCCCUAGAUAUAUAAACCUAGCUACUCCAAUCCGCCCUUGUCUCUCAAUUCUUCUCACAUCCCAAUUCUCAAAGCAGCCGAAAACCCUGCAAUCUAAUUUAUCACCAUGGGAGAACAACUUCAGCUUAGGGGCACCAUGAGAGCCCACACUGAUAUGGUAACAGCCAUUGCAACUCCAAUCGACAAUAGCAACAUGAUUGUUACUUCUUCAAGGGACAAAUCCAUCAUCGUUUGGGAACUCAAGGAUGACAAGGCUUAUUGGGUUCCCAAACGCCGUCUUACCGGUCAUUCUCACUUUGUUCAAGACGUUGUUCUUUCGUCUGAUGGCCAAUUUGCUCUUUCUGGCAGUUGGGAUGGUGAGCUGCGUCUUUGGGAUCUCGCUGCUGGGACUACUGCUCGUCGUUUUGUGGGUCAUACCAAGGAUGUUCUUAGCGUCGCUUUUUCAAUUGAUAAUCGUCAGAUUGUUUCUGCUUCCAGGGAUAAGACUAUCAAGCUCUGGAAUACCCUCGGUGAGUGCAAGUACACAAUCCAAGACACUGAUGGUCACACUGAUUGGGUUAGCUGUGUGAGGUUUAGCCCCAACAAUCUGCAGCCCACUAUUGUUUCAUCCUCUUGGGACAAGACAGUCAAGAUCUGGAACUUGACUAACUGCAAGCUCAGAGCCACCUUGGCUGGUCACAAUGGCUACGUUAACACCGUAGCUGUUUCACCUGACGGUUCCUUGUGUGCUAGCGGAGGCAAAGACGGUGUUAUUCUCUUGUGGGAUUUGGCUGAGGGCAAGAGGCUUUACUCUCUUGAUGCCGGUACUAUUAUCCAUGCCCUUUGCUUUAGUCCGAACAGGUACUGGCUCUGUGCUGCCACCGAGAGUGGUGUCAAGAUUUGGGAUUUGGAAAGUAAGAGCAUUGUCGAGGAUUUGAAGGUUGAUCUCAAGACAGAGGCUGACCAUCUCGAGGGAUCCGCCACCACUGCUUCAAAGAAAAAGGUCAUCUACUGCACGAGCUUGAGCUGGAGUGCUGAUGGACAAACAUUGUUCAGUGGAUACACAGAUGGUGUUGUUAGGGUGUACGGUGUUGGGCGCUACUAGGCAGUAGUUUUUUCAGUGUUAAGGACAACGUUUAAUAUCUAGUAAUCGUCCCGGUGAUCUUAGGUUUGAAUCGGGUAUGUUUUCAGAUUUUUGAUACAUGUCGGUCUUUUAAGGCCUUUUUUUGGUUGCUGAUCUGUAGUAAACCUGAAUUGUUCUCUUACAUUCACAAUUGUUGAUCUUGAAUGUCAGUUUCUGUUUCAUCCGCAAAA